UCUGAAUAUUUUGACAUCUGUUGCUUUGUGCCAUUAAAUUGGGGUUAAUUUUUAUUUGUCUUUUUUUCGCCUUAGACCCGAUGGUGCUGAAAGAGGAGAGUCAAGAACUCAAUGAAAUGGAAGAGGAAGAUCAAUAUAAGAAUCGACAUGAUUUAGUAACUGGAGAAAAAUCUUUUAGUUCACAGACUGAAAAGACAGGAAGUAGUAGUUAUUUCACCUGCCAACAGUGUGGAAAGUGUUUUAGACAAAAACAAGGUGUUAAAAGACACAUGAGAAUUCACACAGGAGAAAAGCCUUAUGUCUGCCAGCAGUGUGGAAAGCAUUUCAAUCGCGAAGUAACUCUUAAAAGACACGUUAGAAUUCACAAUGGAGAGAAGCCGUACACAUGCCAACAGUGUGGAAGGAGUUUCACUCAACUUGGAAACCUUGGAGUCCACAUGAGUGUUCACACUGGAGAGAAGCCUUACAAAUGCCAACAGUGUGGAAGAAGUUUCAACCGGAAAGGAAACCUUCUUUCCCACAUGACCGUUCACACUGGAGAGAGCCUUUUCACCUGCAAACAAUGUGGAAUGAGUUUCACUCAAAAAGAAAGCUUUAACAGACACAUGAGAGUUCACAAUGGAGAGCAGCCUUACACCUGCCAACAGUGUGGAAAGUGUUUUGAUCAACAUGAAAACCUUAAAGUCCACAUGAAAAUUCAUGGAGGGAAACCCUACACGUGCUCCGAGUGUGGAAAGAGUUUCCAUCAAAAACGACACUUUGAAGGCCACAUGAGAAUUCACACUGGAGAGCAACCCUACACAUGCCCUCAGUGCGGAAAGAGUUUCAAUUAUAAACAACACUUGGAAGACCACAUAAGAACUCACACUGGAGAGAAGCCUUUCACCUGCCAACAGUGUGGAAGAAAUUUCAACCGGAAAGAUACCCUUAACAGGCACAUGAGAGUUCACACUGGAGAGAAGCCGUUUACAUGUGGUCACUGUGGAAAGAGUUUCGGACAUAAAGCAGCCCUAAAGGCCCACAUGAGUUUUCACAUAUGAGAGAGCUGUUUUUAUGUCAUCAGUGUGGAAUUGUGGAAAGUUUCACAGACAAGAAACAUCUUGGGUAUCAUGUAAUAACACCAGGCAAAAGACUUCCAUGUGCCAUCAUCACUGUGGAAAGACUUGCAGAAACAAGGCAAUCUUGAGGUUCACAGAUGGUUCAUAGCGGCGGAUUUGGGCCUUGUUUACACCUGGAUUUAAAAUGUGUUUUGGUUGAUCGGAUCUCAAAUAAACUGUCUAUUUUUUCAAGUGUGGGGAGUCAUUGGGUAGGUAAAUGCAUGGGUUUUUCAGAUAUUUUGAUCAAUUGGAUAAAACACAUUCACACAAUUUACAUGUAAACGUGAAAUGAGACAAUGGAAAAAGAUAAGAAGAGCAGCAGCUUUCGUUUCUGCUCUGAUAGCGGCAAAACCACACCAAAUGCUGUGGAUGCAUGUUAGAAGUGGGGCUUGGCAGAGAACAUUGUGCUUGGUACAUUUUGCAUCUUUAAACCAAACUUACAACAUAAGCUGCCAGAGUUUAUAUCCCACCUGGAAAGAUGCUAUAGAUCAGUAGGUGGAGAGAAGGCGGUCUUCAAUCAAUUUUACAACAUGCAUGUUUACACUACGACAGAAAUCCAGUCAAAUGAGUGGAAGUGGAUGAAUUUAGAGGUGUACUUACGAUUGGAACAACGAAAGCAUCUUAAUGCGACAUUUAAACUUGAUUAAUAUGUAAAUAUGUGCUGCACGUUUUCCUUUCAUAAACAAAAUAAAUGGUGACAAAACAGCAUUUAUGAAAGCAUCAUAGCGAUGUGGAUAUUGUAACAGUGUUAACGGUGUUACCUUGAUUUUUUUCAUGAGCUAUUUUUACUAUUCACCUCUAGGGGGCACUUGUGUGUCUUAUU